AUGGGGCUAGAAUCCUUCCUCAUCUGGCUGGUUCGUUUCCUGGUCGUAUCUCCGGAGGCAGCAGGUAGCAGGGAAGCAGAGCGAAGGGGCGUCUUCCUUCUCAAGCUUGGAAAUGGUCGUAUGCACAGUCGUGGUAAGGGUAUCUCUGCUUCAGCUCUUCCUUACAAGAGAACCCCGCCGAGCUGGUUGAAGAUCUCAGGUCAAGAUGUUGAAGAGAACAUCUGCAAGUUUGCCAAGAAGGGUUUAACGCCUUCCCAAAUCGGUGUUAUUCUUCGUGACUCUCACGGUAUUGCUCAGGUGAAGGGUGUCACUGGCAACAAGAUUUUGCGUAUUCUGAAGGCCCAUGGUCUUGCUCCUGAAAUACCGGAGGAUCUCUACCACCUCAUCAAGAAGGCUGUCUCAAUUCGUAAGCAUUUGGAGAGGAAUAGGAAGGACAAAGACUCCAAGUUUAGGUUAAUUUUGGUAGAGAGCAGGAUUCAUCGCCUUGCUCGAUACUAUAAGAAAACAAAGAAGCUUCCGCCUGUAUGGAAAUACGAGUCCACAACUGCCAGCACGCUUGUUGCUUAGCAUGUUUUACCCUCAGUGAAACUAUUGCGGUUCUUAUGUUUUUUGCAGCCAAUUUCAUGUCAAAUUACUUAGCAUAUUUUACCUUCAGUGGAACUAUUGAGAUUUAUGUGAUGGAACUCCACUCUUUCUCCCGUUUUUAAUUUUGAUAUUCGGUUUUGUUUGCUUUAUAA